UUAUAGUCGCAACUUGAAAUACCAACGGGUCAUGUUUGACAGUGUAUUUCGAAGAGGAGGCUGCUCUGACUGCACUUUACUAACUUGUUAUCCCAUACGUUGCAUGGGCUGAGUUGAAUAAUCACAGUUGCAGGGCCAGACUACACAGAGGGGUCAGUGGUAUCUCAGUGAACUUUGGAGCUGACACACACACACAGAGAGACACACACAGUCAGACCAUAGAUUGUCAUUAAGUGUCCACGGCGCACGGCAGCAAUGGAGCCCAGCGGGAUCCUGAUCAAGGGAGGCAACGUGGUGAACGAGGAGUGCUCCGCCAUCUGCGACGUCUACAUAGAAAAAGGGAAAAUAGUAGAAGUUGGACUGAACCUCCAGAUCCCAGCGGGGGUGCGAGUCAUCGAUGCCACCGAUAAACUGGUGAUCCCGGGCGGCAUCGACACGCACACGCACAUGGAGCUGGCGUUCAUGGGCACUAAGGCAGUCGAUGACUUCUAUAUUGGAACCAAGGCUGCUCUUGCAGGAGGGACCACAAUGAUCGUGGACUUUGUCAUCCCCCACAAGGGCAAGUCUCUGCUGGAGGCCUACGACUGCUGGCGGCAGACAGCUGACCCCAAAGUGUGCUGCGACUAUUCACUGCAUGUCGCUGUCACAUGGUGGAGUGACCAGGUCAAGAAAGAAAUGGAGACUCUGGCCAAAGAGAAAGGAGUGAACUCCUUCAAGAUGUUUAUGGCCUAUAAAGACGUUUUCAUGCUGGAUGACUCCGAGCUUUACGCUGCCUUCUCUCAGUGUAAGGAGAUUGGAGCUAUAGCUCAGGUUCAUGCUGAGAAUGGAGAUCUGAUCGCAGAGGGGGCUAAGAAGAUGCUGGCCCUGGGCAUUACGGGGCCCGAGGGCCAUGAGCUGUGUCGGCCAGAGGAGGUGGAGGCUGAGGCCACCCAGAGAGCCAUCACCAUAGCUCACGCUGUCAACUGCCCGCUCUAUGUGGUCCAUGUCAUGAGCAAAUCUGCUGCCAAGGUGGUGUCUAAUGCACGCAGAGAUGGCCGUGUGGUGUUCGGGGAGCCCAUUGCAGCAGGGCUGGGUACAGAUGGCACCAACUACUGGCACAAGGACUGGUCCCAUGCUGCUGGCUUUGUCAUGGGUCCUCCACUAAGACCUGACCCCAGCACUCCUGGGUACCUCAUGGACCUGCUGGCCAAUGAUGAUCUCAGUGUGACGGGAACAGACAACUGCACCUUCUCCGUGUGCCAGAAGGCCCUGGGAAAAGACGACUUCACCAAGAUCCCUAACGGCGUGAACGGCGUGGAGGACAGGAUGUCUGUCAUCUGGGAGAAAGGAGUGCACAGCGGGAAAAUGGACGAGAAUCGAUUUGUUGCCGUCACCAGCAGCAACGCAGCAAAAAUCUUCAACUUCUACCCGCAGAAAGGCCGUAUCGCCAAGAACUCGGAUGCUGAUGUGGUUAUAUGGGACCCUAAGCUGACAAGGACAAUCUCAGCCAAGACCCACCACCAGGCCGUGGACUACAACAUCUUCGAGGGCAUGGAGUGUCACGGUGUCCCCGUCGUCACCAUCGCUGGAGGAAAAGUGGUCUAUGAGGAGGGGCAGCUGAAGGUGUCACCAGGACACGGCAGAUUCAUCCACAGGAAACCCUUCUCCGAGUUCGUUUACAAAAGAAUCAAGCAAAGAGAGCAGGUGGGGAAACCUGCAGCUGUGAUCAGAAAACCCUAUGAAGGCAAAGUCAUUUCUCUAUGAACAGCUUAACUAGAGCAUGAAAGCUCCUGAGCUCCAGCUGUGUGUCUCCAGUACAAUCCAGAAGCUGUCAAUUCCAAGACAACUGACACAGCAAUUCUACUCAGUCAUUUCAAUCACUGUGUGCUGCUAAGCUUUGGGGCCUUUUCAGACAACUCAGGUCUAUGUCCUGUUGGCAGAUAAUACCUUUGUUAUAUUUACUCAACCCUGUGAGGUUUCCAGGUCAUCUCUGCUCAGUACACAGGUUAGCAGAGCCAUCUCUCUGCUGCUCAAAGUGAUAGUUGCUCUAACAUAUAUAUAUAUAUAUAUCACGUCAUUCGGUUUAAGGAAUAUAAAUAGGGCUUAUACAUUUAAUGGUUUAAAAAAACUGUUGUGAUAAGAGGAUUUUUGUCAUUUUUAUAUUAUGCAAAUUAUUUUAUAAAUAUAAUUGUGGAAUAAAAAAAAAGAUA